AUGGAGUUAACUUCAUUGAAAAGCGAUUCCUUGCAUAAUCCUAUUUUAUUUCAUAACUUUCAUGGCGAAAAUAUCGAGCUGCUAGAACAUAGACAACGGGCUUUGAGGAGAGCAAGCUUCGAGAAGGGGGUGGUGUUCUCGGAACGUCCUUUGGAUGAGAAUGAGUACUUCUUCGUGUCAAUAGAAACAGUAGAAGGAGGAUGGUCCGGGCAUCUAAGAGUAGGCCUCACAAUUGUCCAGCCUGACCUUAGGCCAUCAAUCAGUGACUUCGAACGUAAUUCAUGGCUCUUGUCCGUAUCACCUUCAAUGGUACCAAACUCAGAGCCUGCGUCACAUGCAUUGCCCACUGAGGAAGGGUCUUUAAUCGGCGUAUACUAUGAACGUUUGACUGGCCGACCAAGACUUCAUGUCGUAUUAAACGGCUUCGAUGUAUGUCCUGAUGUUGGUCACAUUCCAUCAGAUCAACUCCUGUACGCAGCAGUUGAUGUGUUUGGCAGCACUAAAGAAAUAAGAGUGGUGCUUCCUCACCCCCGAGAGCCCAACAAACUUUCCUCGCUUUGCUAUGCAAAAGUAAACUGCAUGGUUCAAGAAGGAAAAUGCUCCGCCAGCCUCUUACCCGGUCCAAUACGUUGUGCUAUGGAAAAAGCUACUGCCAAAAUUUAUCGCUUUUGA